AAUCAUCUCCUCACCCCAACCUCAUAUAAAAGCGAUUACUCAUCCAAAACCCUAAUUCGUUCUUUGCCCUUCGCCUCGGAUAUUAGCAGCAGACUGUGGACGGAUCGAAGGAACGAAAAUAAGCUGCAUUCUGUUUGUCUGGGCAUAGGUAAUGGCUCCGAAGCAGCCGAACAGUGGGCUAUUUGUGGGGUUGAAGAAAGGGCAUGUUGUCACCCCGAAGGAAUUAGCACCGCGUCCUGCAGAUAGGAAAGGCAAAACAAGCAAGAGAGUGCAUUUCGCAAGGAGCCUCAUCAGAGAAGUUGCUGGAUUUGCACCUUAUGAGAAGAGGAUCACAGAACUUCUUAAAGUUGGCAAGGACAAGCGUGCCUUGAAGGUGGCCAAGAGAAAAUUGGGCACCCAUAAGAGGGCGAAGAGGAAGAGAGAGGAGAUGGCCGGUGCACUCAGGAAGAUGAGGGCUGCUGGAGGUGGUGAAAAGAAGAAAUGAAGUGUGUCACUGUCUAUUUUUGCCUUUCAGCUUUUAGAGUGAAAUUUUUGAAUCUGAAUUUUAUGAGAAUUGAUCAGAACACAAUUACAUUUAGCUUCAAUCUGUUUUAUCAUCUGUUGGACUGAAUUAUGCCACAAUCUUUUUCUUGCUUUGCAUUAAAUUAUAGCUCUAUUCAUCUAAUUUGACUUGUAUAAAUGAUACACAGUAUGAUUCCUGUGAUCCAUCCUGGGUGCAAGUCAAUGUUUGUGCUUUCUGCUUUAUUCUGAUAAGCUUUGGGCCUUGUUUGCCAA